CGGCGGCGGCGGCGCGCGAGGACUGGGAGGUACUGGGCGCGCGCGGCUCCGGCUCGGGACGCUUCGGGGUCGGGCUCCGGCUGCGGCUGCUGCUGCGGCGCCCGCGCUCCGGUGCGCUCCGCCUCCUGUGCCCGCCGCGGAGCGCAGUCUGCGCGCCCGCCGUGCGCCCUCAGCUCCUUUUCCUGAGCCCGCCGCGAUGGGAGGUCCGCGGGGAUCCCCGGCCAGACCCCGCCGGUUGCCUCUGCUCAGCGUCCUGCUGCUGCCGCUGCUGGGCGGUACCCAGACAGCCAUCGUCUUCAUCAAGCAGCCGUCCUCCCAGGAUGCACUGCAGGGGCGCCGGGCGCUGCUUCGCUGUGAGGUCGAGGCUCCGGGCCCGGUACAUGUGUACUGGCUGCUCGAUGGGGCCCCUGUCCAGGACACGGAGCGGCGUUUCGCCCAGGGCAGCAGCCUGAGCUUUGCAGCUGUGGACCGGCUGCAGGACUCUGGCACCUUCCAGUGUGUGGCUCGGGAUGAUGUCACUGGAGAAGAAGCCCGCAGUGCCAACGCCUCCUUCAACAUCAAAUGGAUUGAGGCAGGUCCUGUGGUCCUGAAGCAUCCAGCCUCAGAAGCUGAGAUCCAGCCACAGACCCAGGUCACACUUCGUUGCCACAUUGAUGGGCACCCUCGGCCCACCUACCAAUGGUUCCGAGAUGGGAUCCCCCUUUCUGAUGGUCAGAGCAACCACACAGUCAGCAGCAAGGAGCGGAACCUGACGCUCCGGCCAGCUGGUCCUGAGCAUAGUGGGCUGUAUUCUUGCUGCGCCCACAAUGCUUUUGGCCAGGCCUGCAGCAGCCAGAACUUCACCUUGAGCAUUGCUGAUGAAAGCUUUGCCAGGGUGGUGCUGGCACCCCAGGACGUGGUAGUAGCGAGGAAUGAGGAGGCCAUGUUCCAUUGCCAGUUCUCAGCCCAGCCACCCCCGAGCCUGCAGUGGCUCUUUGAGGAUGAGACUCCCAUCACUAACCGCAGUCGCCCCCCACACCUCCGCAGAGCCACAGUGUUUGCCAACGGGUCUCUGCUGCUGACCCAGGUCCGGCCACGCAAUGCAGGGGUCUACCGCUGCAUCGGCCAGGGGCAGAGGGGCCCACCCAUCAUCCUGGAGGCCACACUUCACCUAGCAGAGAUUGAAGACAUGCCGCUAUUUGAGCCACGGGUGUUUACAGCUGGCAGCGAGGAGCGUGUGACCUGCCUUCCCCCCAAGGGUCUGCCAGAGCCCAGUGUGUGGUGGGAGCACGCGGGAGUCCGGCUGCCCACCCAUGGCAGGGUCUACCAGACGGGCCACGAGCUGGUGUUGGCUAAUAUCGCUGAAAGUGAUGCUGGUGUCUACACCUGCCACGCAGCCAACCUGGCUGGUCAGCGGAGACAGGAUGUCAACAUCACUGUGGCCAGUGAGCACCUUUGCUCUGAAGGUCAAGGAGAGGUGGAGGGGAACACAGGUCUGGGUGUGAUGGACAGAGCCUUCCCUGCUGUGCCCACCUGGCUGAAGAAGCCCCAAGACAGCCAGCUGGAGGAGGGCAAACCCGGCUACUUGCAUUGCCUGACCCAGGCCACACCAAAACCUACAGUUGUCUGGUACAGAAACCAGAUGCUCAUCUCAGAGGACUCACGGUUCGAGGUCUUCAAGAAUGGGACCUUGCGCAUCAACAACGUGGAGGUGUAUGAUGGGACAUGGUACCGUUGUGUGAGCAGCACCCCAGCUGGCAGCAUCGAGGCACAAGCCCGUGUCCAAGUGCUGGGUGAGCCGGCAUGUCUUGGGGGAGCACCCUUCCUGGAAAAGCUCAAGUUCACACCACCACCCCAGCCACAGCAGUGCAUGGAGUUUGACAAGGAGGCCACGGUGCCCUGUUCAGCCACAGGCCGAGAGAAGCCCACUAUUAAGUGGGAACGGGCAGAUGGGAGCAGCCUCCCAGAGUGGGUGACAGACAAUGCUGGGACCCUGCAUUUUGCCCGGGUGACUCGAGAUGACGCUGGCAACUAUACUUGCAUUGCCUCCAACGGGCCACAGGGCCAGAUUCGUGCCCAUGUCCAGCUCACUGUGGCAGUUUUUAUCACCUUCAAAGUGGAGCCAGAGCGUACGACUGUGUACCAGGGCCACACAGCCCUGCUGCAGUGCGAGGCCCAGGGGGACCCUAAGCCACUGAUUCAGUGGAAAGGCAAGGACCGCAUCCUGGACCCCACCAAGCUGGGACCCAGGAUGCACAUCUUCCAGAAUGGCUCCCUGGUGAUCCAUGACGUGGCCCCUGAGGACUCAGGCCGCUACACCUGCAUUGCAGGCAACAGCUGCAACAUCAAGCACACAGAGGCCCCCCUCUAUGUCGUGGACAAGCCUGUGCCAGAGGAGUCGGAGGGCCCUGGCAGCCCUCCCCCCUACAAGAUGAUCCAGACCAUUGGGCUGUCGGUGGGUGCCGCUGUGGCCUACAUCAUUGCCGUGCUGGGCCUCAUGUUCUACUGCAAGAAGCGCUGCAAAGCCAAGCGGCUGCAGAAGCAGCCUGAGGGCGAGGAGCCAGAGAUGGAAUGCCUCAACGGUGGGCCUUUGCAGAACGGGCAGCCCUCAGCAGAGAUCCAAGAGGAAGUGGCCUUGACCAGCUUGGGCUCCGGCCCUGCGGCCACCAACAAACGCCACAGCACAAGUGAUAAGAUGCACUUCCCACGGUCUAGCCUGCAGCCCAUCACCACGCUGGGGAAGAGUGAGUUUGGGGAGGUGUUCCUGGCAAAGGCUCAGGGCUUGGAGGAGGGAGUGGCGGAGACCCUGGUACUUGUGAAGAGCCUGCAGAGCAAGGACGAGCAGCAGCAGCUGGACUUCCGGAGGGAGUUGGAGAUGUUUGGGAAGCUGAACCACGCCAACGUGGUGCGGCUCCUGGGGCUGUGCCGGGAGGCUGAGCCCCACUACAUGGUGCUGGAAUAUGUGGAUCUGGGAGACCUCAAGCAGUUCCUGAGGAUUUCCAAGAGCAAGGAUGAAAAAUUGAAGUCACAGCCCCUCAGCACCAAGCAGAAGGUGGCCCUGUGCACCCAGGUAGCCCUGGGCAUGGAGCACCUGUCCAACAACCGCUUUGUGCAUAAGGACUUGGCUGCACGUAACUGCCUGGUCAGUGCCCAGAGACAAGUGAAGGUGUCUGCCCUGGGCCUCAGCAAGGAUGUGUACAACAGUGAGUACUACCACUUCCGCCAGGCCUGGGUGCCACUGCGCUGGAUGUCCCCCGAGGCCAUCCUGGAGGGUGACUUCUCUACCAAGUCUGAUGUCUGGGCCUUCGGUGUGCUGAUGUGGGAAGUGUUUACACAUGGAGAGAUGCCCCAUGGUGGGCAGGCAGAUGAUGAAGUACUGGCAGAUUUGCAGGCUGGGAAGGCUAGACUUCCUCAGCCUGAGGGCUGCCCUUCCAAGCUCUAUCGGCUGAUGCAGCGCUGCUGGGCCCUCAGCCCCAAGGACCGGCCCUCCUUCAGUGAGAUUGCCAGCGCCCUGGGAGACAGCCCCGUGGACAGCAAGCCGUGAGGAGGGAGCCCACUCAGGAUGGCCUGGGCAGGGGAGGACAUCUCUAGAGGGGAGCUCACAGCAUGAUGGGCAAGAUCCCUGUCCUCCUGGGCCCUGAGGCCCCUGCCCUAGUGCAACAGGCAUUGCUGAGGUGUGAGCAGGGCCUGGCCUUUCCUCCUCUUCCUCACCCUCAUCCUUUGGGAGGCUGACUUGGACCCAAACUGGGCGACUAGGGCUUUGAGCUGGGCAGUUUUCCCUGCCAUCUCUUCCUCUAUCAGGGACAGUGUGGGUGCCACAGGUAACCCCAAUUUCUGGCCUUCAACUUCUCCCCUUGACUGGGUCCAACUCUGCCACUCAUCUGCCAACUUUGCCUGGGGAAGGCUAGGCUUGGGAUGAGCUGGGUUUGUGGGGAGUUCCUUAAUAUUCUCAAGUUCUGGGCACACAGGGUUAAUGGGCCUCUUGGCCCACUGGUCCCACUUGGGGGUCUAGACCAGGAUUGUAGAGGACACAGCAAGUGAGUCCUCCCCACUCUGGGCUUGUGCACACUGACCCAGACCCAUGUCUUCCCCACCCUUCUCUCCUUUCCUCAUCCUAAGUGCCUGGCAGAUGAAGGAGUUUUCAGGAGCUUUUGACACUAUAUAACCCGCCCUUUUUGUAUGCACCAGGGGCGGCUUUUAUAUGUAAUUGCAGCGUGGGGUGGGUGGGCAUAGGAGGUAGGGGUGGGCCCUGGAGGAGAUGAGGAGGGUGGGCCAUCCUUACCCCACACUUUUAUUGUUGUUGUUUUUUGUUUGUUUUGUUUUUUUGUUUUUGUUUUUACACUCGCUGCUCUCAAUAAAUAAGCCUUUUUUACAA